AUGUUGAAUACAGUACUCAUUGCUGCUCUCGCAGUUUUUGCAAGAGCUCAGCCAGUAAUCGACCCUGGCUCGAUUGCAGCAUCCCACCAAAGCUUAGCCAGUUGCAUGGACUCGCUCCCUUCAACAAACAAAACAGUUCUCAACAUUUUCAAGGGCCGCUGUCUGUCUGCUCGUGUCAACGACGACAACGUGCUAGAAGCAUGUUGCUGCACAGCUUUUGUUGGCGAAUUUGGAGAGCAGAAGCUUAUGUGGGGAAGCAACUCUUCAGAACCGAGCCUGUCUGAGCACUUCCAGAUAGGCCAUUGCACAUGCGACCUCCUCCAACUCCAAGAACGAGAACUGGCACCAGAGGCAGUCAAGUGCAAAUGCUUUAGCUAUCAACCUAGCAACAGCAGACUUUUAUUGGGUUGUGGAGAUAUCGAUAAGUCCUCUGAUAGUUACAUGACGCAUUUUUCGGGUCCCCUGCCUUGGGUUACCGCAGACGGGUCUAUGGACUGCGCCAUGUCAAAGGCCUAUAUCCACAACUUCUUCAAAUACUCCCGCGAGGACAACUGA